CUGCGCCCAUUCCCUUUACUUCGGAUGAGAUCUUUAUAGAAGGCUUUACAUACUACUGACAUACAUACCAGGUAGCAACGCUUUGACUUGACUUGGCCUUGGGGAUGCGGUGACAAUGUUUUCGUUCGGGUCAAAAGUCAAACAAAAGCUUAGCGCUACCCGGUUUGAGUUCUCCAUUGUGGUCCAUAACUUGGCACCAUGGCCGGAGGGAGCACGCGCAAUUGCAAUUGGAUAUCAGCGCGGCAAGAGGCGCAGGGGCGCUACACGCUCGGUGUAUCCAUCCAGGCAACCUGGGCGUCUGGGGGCCGUCGUUCGCAUCAACGAGCGGUUUGACAUGCCGGUGACGCUCUACAAGUCAAAUAGUGGCUCAUCUGGCAGCGGGGGCCUUGGCCCUUUUAAAAAGAAAUGCCUGAUCCUCGCCGUUUUGGAGACGGAUGGCCGAACACAAGCCACUGCCGCUUUGGGGCGCGUCGUCAUCGACUUGUCAGAGUACGCAGCGAUCGAGCAUCAGGAGACGCGCACCUUCAUGGUGUCGUGCAACAAAGCCAUCCAUGCAGCCGUCGGCGACCCCCAGCUUAUGGUAACCAUCAGAUGUCGAUGGAAGAAGCUGGCACGUGAGGGGCCGGGGGCAGCCGCAUCAGGUCUUCCAGAUGAAACAGCCUCCAUGAGCACGGAUACAACAGGCUCCCGCAUGACGGCUAACCUGAGCUCCUUCCUGCGAUUCAAGUUCACGGGCAAGGGCAUGGCGCCUCUCAACGAGGAACAGGACCUGCGAGGCUUUGAGUCCGCAGGGGGCGCUGGGCCGCAUGCGGGCGGCGGUGCAGGAGGGCGCAACACCAGCACGGCAGGGGAGCUGCCGCCGGGGCUGCCCAAGCUCAUGGACACGAUCCAGGAGUCCCACGACGAGCCCGCGGAGCCCGUGUUCGCCCCCUUGAGCACCCCCGGAGGCAGCCGCAGCCUCACGCCGCAGACCAGCAUCAACAAGCAGCUCACGCCCACCAGCAGCGCGAUGGGGGCCAUGGAUCCCAGUCCUCGCAGCCCUCACGUUUCAUCGCGCUUUGGCGACGGAGGUGGCAGCGGAGGGCCGUUGGAGGCUGGCGUCAUGGGCAUGAGCCUGCGGGAGGCGCAUGCGACAAGGAACAAGUACGUGGCUCCCAGCUCUCCAAGCCCUAAGCGCAUGGACGCCGUGGAGAGCGCCCCGCUGGCCUCCAACGGCAGCAUCGGAGGGGUCGCCAGGCGCUCGGGUGUAGAUGCAGACCGGUCACUGGGUUCCCUGCGUGCCGCCGGAAGCGGCAUCAGCCUCGCGGCAGCUUCCGCCUCCGAUAACGACCUGCUAGUGGCCCUGCGCUUCGAGCUCCUCACGGCCGCAGCCCUGGAGGCCGCCGUCUACCUGGCCCGCAGACCCCACGGCGCCGGCCUGCCACCCAAGAGUGAGGCCAGUGUCGCCGGCACCGGCGCAAACGUCGCUCGUAGCGUCUCAGCCGCUGGCUCGCUAGCGGCUAUUUCGACGGCAAGCAGGGCGGAGAUGACUGGGGCCGCGGGAACGCGUGCCUCCCACGCCCCUGCCCGGCGACUGGUCCGAACGGUUCUGUGCCUGGGACCCUCAGACGGUCCCGCCUUUGCAGCAUCGGCGCUGCGGGUCGUGCGUGCGCAGGUGGCGACGGCGCGCGAGGGGCUGGAGGUGCUGUCGUACUGGUGGUCCAAUGCGGUGCACAUGCGCGCCAUGCUGACGGGGCUGUCGCUGGCCGCCGCUACGGGCAUGCUGUCGUCUGCCUCGGGUGCCAUGGGCGCCGCCAGCGGCGGCAGCUGCGGCGAGCACUGGGCCGCCGCGGCGCUGGUUGGCGACCUGCGGCGCCUGGAGCGCUCCAUCUUUGAGGACAUGCUGAGCCGCAUGUGGGGCUGCGUGCUGCUGCCCUCUGUCCUGGGCAACGGCGCAGUUGCGGGGCUGUCGGGCCGGCCGGCUGCCAAGGACGGGCCGGCGCGAGCCUCCACCGCCAUCACCAGGCGCGCACAGCAGGAGGCUGCGAUCAAAAAGUGGUUUGAGGGCUUGGAGGCGGUGAGCAGCGCCCUGGCGCGGCAGGUGGGAGGCGCCGGCGGGCACUGCGGGCUGUUGCGGCAGCAGGUGCUGUUGCAGUGCCUCAAACGUGUUGACCUGCUGUUCUUCGUGCACCUGCUGGGCGGUGUGGAGCAGCCCGGCGUGGCGGAGCUGCUGGCGGACUACGACCCACAUGGAAUCAUGACGGGUGGCAUGACCGGCAGCCCCAGCAGCUUCCCACAGCUGGAUGACAGCAGCCUGCCCUUUGCGCGUGGCGUGCUGACGUUUGGCGGCGGCAUGUCCGUCAAGAUGACGGUCACUCGGCUACAACAGUGGGCGACGGGGCAGGCCGCGCUAGGCGCCGGCGGCUCCUUGGCAGGGGAUGCGCCGGCCAGCGCCAAUGGCGCCGACCGCGGCUCUGCUGCCGGCAGUGUCGGUGGCGCUGCUGCCGGGACCUCCUCCACGGGGCCGCUGUUCCCGCUGUUGCGUGCGGCUGCGGACCUGCUGAUGAUGCCCAAGGAGCUGCUGCUGGACCGGGCGGUGCGGCUGGACGUGGGCGCAGCGCUGUCCAUGCGCUCCGUGCUGCACAUCCUGCAGCGCUUCCAGCCGGACGAAUUCGCGCAGGACUGCAUCAGCCCCGCCAUCCUGGAGUCGCUGCAGGACGACGCCGCACUGCCACAAAUCCACCUGCGCUCCGCCGCCGCCGACCUGCACAGCGGCUACGUGCCGCCGCCCGACUCGGCGGCCCUGCGCGGCGUGGAGGCGGGCUCCGAGCCGGGGCUUGAGUACGAUGCGGACAGCGAGGAUGAGCUGGAGGAGUUGGCGCAGGUGGUUGCCAAGUCUUCGGCCGGAGCGGGGGUUGCUUCCAUCACGCCGCCUCCCGCCGGUGGCGCCUUCACGGCCACGCGCUUCCGGCUUCUGCAUGAGCUGUGGGCUGCCGGCAUGCCACGGCGGCGAGCGGCCGGGUCGGUGGCGUCAGAGCAGAUCUGAAGCAGGAAUGCUUGCUGCUGCGGCUGUGAUGCCCAUGCCGGCGUGGGCUUGGGCGUAACCCACACGCGUGCAUCCGGCUUAACGUAAUAGCUGUAGGCUCUGCUCUCCUAAAGCAGCGCUUCCGAAAUAGCUUCCAUUCAUAUGGCUGCUGCCAAGAGGAUUUGCGCUGUAGUGGGUUUCGUUUUAGGUGGCUGUGGCUUCGGCCCUUGGUUUGGCAUCGGUUUGACGCACACUUGCCCGAACCCUUUUCAUUCAGCUGUUCAACAGCUCGCAGCAGACGUGUCUGGGACAUUGACACACGCUUCUCAUAUAACCCGACGAGAGAGGCUUGGUUUGGCAUUGCAACGUUAGGUGGCGUUGGUCGGUGACGCGGGUUUUACCGCGCGUCUUCACCUAGCAGCGUUGCCGCGUUGUACAUAUGGACUUUGCAAAGGGCGCAUACGGGUGUGCUGACUUGGUGUCUCUGCUAGGCUCAUCCACUCUCAGGAAAUGCCGGACUGACGGUUUGCGACCUAGGAGUUGGGCUGGGACACGGGAAGACAACGUUUUCAUGGACUGGUAGACACAGAUGGACCACAGCGCGGAGUCAUUGUCAUGUGGGUCAGGGGCUCCUCGAAAGUGUCUUGAUAGGAUUAAGUUAUGAUGGUCGGGUAGGCUGACGAUCGCCUUUGUCAGAUCAUGAAAGAGACGGUACGGAGAAGCUAGGGCCGCAGAACUCGUGUCCAAACGGAGAGACGCCUGUGGCCCAAUUGUACCAACACUGUCAGGAGGCUUGACCUUCAACGUUGACGUUCGAUUGACUCAGGGUAACGGGAGGUCUGCCCAGUCCUUCGACUUUGUAAUGUUUUGUGGGCAGCUAGGUUUUGCAGUUGGGCAGGUGGCAAACUGUAAAUGUGGACGGUUUGGGCGCUGCCACGUUCAUUGUAAGAGAGAUGCUAUCUUGCUAUCAGAGGGCAGAUUGCUGGACGUGGGUUGUUAUAAGACGAUGUGCUGUGUACAUGUUUGCUGGGGGACUAUCCUUCUGUUGCCUGUCCUGGCGGACCUGGCUCAGUAAAGGUUUACCCUGGGUUCAUGCGUGCAUUUCUCUAGAGCAUGAAGGGUUUCAACCGAGGUAUAUUAUAUUACAAUUCUUCUCGCCCACCCAUCUACCUCCCCUGAGAUCUCCAUUCUCCAUCCACCAUCAUUAUCACCGUAACCCCAGUCCAAUCUCAGCAACCUUUCGUACAUGGAGCGGCAUGCACGCAAGCCCAGGCAUCAUCGCUAGCACUUACUACCGGGACUGUAAAGUUACUGCCUAAAGUGGCCAUACGGGCCCACCUAUCUUUAGAGCAGAGAUGCAAACCGCAGCGACAACCUUACAUCAUUCCAGGCUUCAGCCCCCCACACGCGCUGUGUGGUUCGUCCAAGGCUGCACACAGCAAAGCCUCCCACAGUAAAGCCUCACGCACACACAGCUGUCCUCAUAACUGGGCAUAGGCCUAGGGGCAGUUACCAGCCCUGACCCGUGCGCAUGGUGCAACAGGAUGAGUCACACUGUGCAUAAACAGGUAGGGAUUUCGUAACCC